UGCGGUUAGACUCAAAAUGCUCGCGUAGUUAACAGGUUAUAAAAUAGGUGCUGUGAAUUUUUGUACUCUCGAACAAAUUCUCCGAUUGGAAAAGGAGUUUCUAGAGAGAGAAACGCGACGGCAUUGUUGUUCUCGGAUCAAAUCUUGAUUUCAUAUGGUUGUAAAUUUGAUUCGGUGUCGGUUCGUGUGGUGACGACUAGUUUUUCUUGAGGAAAUCGGUCGAUCUGAGAUUUGAUCGAUUGAUUUGAAUCGGAAAGCGUGUGUAUUUUUCAAAUCGAGAAGAGCUGGAGUCUGUACAGGAGAAUUCUCAUCAGUCCGUGAAGCCUCCUUCAGCUGCCGCAGCAGGGAACGGUCAGAUCCGGUAUCGAUCUCCUUCGGCCGCUGAGCUCCUAGAAGGUCAAGUCUUCUCCACGCCACCGUUGGCGGAUCAACUCGACAAAAUGCUGAAACGCAAUCGUCAACAGCCGUACAACGAGUCCCUCUCCGAUAAAAUCCAUCGCUACCGCGGGGUUGUUUUGGUCAUUUCGAUCCCUCUCCUCCUCGUCUCCUUUGUUUUGUUUCUGAUGCCUUCCACGCGUUCUCCCAACGAUGCUGUUUUGCCUACGAACCGCAAGUUUACGCCGAAUUACGUGCUGCAGACGGAUCGGUCAUCGAAUAGCUAUGCCGUGAUUUUUGAUGCAGGUAGUUCGGGGAGUAGAGUUCAUGUCUUCUGUUUCGAUCAGAAUUUGGAUCUUCUACACAUUGGCAAAGAGCUUGAGCUUUUUGAGCAGUUGCAACCAGGUUUGAGUGCAUAUGCAAACGACCCUAAAGCAGCUGCAGAUUCUCUUCUGCCUCUUUUAGUGAAAGCAGAAAAGGUCGUUCCAAAAGAUGUGCGCCAAAAUACACCCGUCAAAGUUGGGGCAACUGCAGGCCUGAGACAGUUGGGAGUUGAUGCAUCUGAAAGAAUUUUGCAAGCUGUGAAAGAUUUUCUAAAAGUUAAGAGCAGCCUCAAGUCGAAUGAUGAUUGGGUAACUGUUCUGGAUGGAACUCAGGAAGGUGCUUAUCAAUGGGUGACCAUAAAUUAUCUGUUAAAAAGAUUAGGUAAGAAAUAUUCAGACACUGUUGGGGUAGUUGAUCUGGGUGGUGGAUCAGUACAAAUGGCAUAUGCUAUUUCAGAGGCAGAUGCUGCAAAGGCUCCAAGGAUAUCAAAUGGAGAGGAUACAUAUGUGAAGGAAAUGUUUCUCAUGGGAACUAAAUAUUACCUUUAUGUUCACAGUUACUUGCAGUAUGGCUUAUUAGCAGCUCGAGCUGAGAUCCUGGAAGUCACAAAAGAUUCCGACAAUCCAUGCAUCUUGGCUGGCUAUAAUGGGGUUUAUAAAUAUGGAGGAACAGAAUACAAAGCUUCAUCUCCUCCUUCUGGUUCAAACAUGAACAAGUGCAGGGAAGAAGCAUUAAAAGCUCUUAAAGUUAAUGAAUCAACUUGCACCCACAUGAAAUGCACCUUUGGUGGGGUGUGGAAUGGUGGGGGUGGUGAUGGACAAAAGAAUCUAUUUGUGGCUUCAUUCUUCUUCGACCGGGCUGCUGAGGCCGGUUUUGUUGAUCCAAGUAAACCUGUAGCCAUAGUUCGUCCAGCAGAUUUCCAGGAGGCUGCUAAGCGUGCUUGUGAAACCACACUUGAGAAUGCCAGGUCUACAUAUCCUAAUGUUAAGAAACCUGAUGACAACCUACCAUACUUAUGUUUGGAUCUUGUGUAUCAGUACACAUUACUUGUAGAUGGCUUUGACCUGGAUCCAUGGCAAGAGAUUACACUGGUGAAAAAGAUCGAGUACCAAAAUGCAUUGGUUGAAGCUGCUUGGCCAUUGGGCAGUGCAAUUGAAGCGGUGUCAGCAGCCGCCUAACUACUACUAUUACUACAUUUUGGCUCGAUCAUGCAUGUAACCUGGUGAAGUGUGGUGGAUAUGGAUUCAGCCAGCCAGACAGUCGGUAAAUCCCUCUUGAGAAAAUAUUCUUUUCACUAUCAUUAGCUAUUAUUUUUUGAGUUCUCGACUCUUGGUAGAAAUGAAAUUUUGGGUUAAUUUUAUUGAGACAUAAGAAGGAUUCAUUUAGCUAAAAUUGUACGGUGCAUUGUAUUUUGUUAAAGAUUGGUCUAAAGGAAUAUUUGUGUUCAUUUGUUUA